AUGGCUACAAUGGACAUUGACCAUAUUAUUUCCGAACUUUCUAUAAACGAGAAAGUAACUUUGCUCUCAGGCGUUGAUGCCUGGCACACCUAUGCGAUUCCUCGCCUAGGCGUCCCAGCAAUCCGUACAACAGAUGGUCCAAACGGCGCUCGAGGGACCCGGUACUUCAAUGGCGUACCCUCUGCCUGUCUCCCAUGUGGGACAGCCUUAGGUGCUACAUUUGACACGGAUCUGUUGUUUGAACUUGGCCGCCUUCUCGCCGCAGAAUGCAAGGCCAAGGGUGCACACAUUCUACUGGGCCCGACGAUUAACAUCCAGAGAGGCCCGCUGGGUGGACGAGGCUUUGAGUCGUUUUCUGAGGAUCCAGUCCUUUCAGGCCUUGCGGCGGCGAGCUACUGCGCUGGCGUGAAAGACCUUGGCGUAAUUCCUACGUUGAAGCAUCUGGUUUGCAAUGACCAAGAGCACGAACGCAUUGCGGUCAGCGCGCUGGUGACUGAGCGUGCUUUGCGCGAGAUCUACCUAUUGCCUUUUCAAUUGGCGAUCAAGGGCGCGAAGCCAGGUGCUUUGAUGACCUCGUACAAUAAAGUGAAUGGAAUUCAUGCGAGCGAGAGCCCUCGGUUGCUGACGGAUAUUGUCCGGAAUGAAUGGGGCUACGAGGGGUUGAUCGUGAGUGACUGGUUUGGCACGUAUAGUGUCGCAGGAGCAAUCAAUGCGGGUCUCGAUCUCGAGAUGCCGGGCCCAUCACGGUUCCGCGGCCCAGCACUGAUGCACGCGUUGACUUCCAACAAGGUCUCGGAAAAGACACUCGAUGACCGCGUACGGAAGGUGCUAGAAGUGGUGAAGCUUGCUUCGAAGGCCGGAAUCCCCGAAAAUGCCCCGGAAAGCAAGCUGGACCGGCCCGAGGAUCGCGCGCUUCUCAGACGUGCUGCAGCAGAAUCAAUCGUGAUGCUGAAAAACGACGAUAAUAUUCUGCCUCUUAACCCAGCAAAGAAGACCCUGGUUAUUGGCCCCAAUUCGGAUGUAUCUACCUACUGUGGUGGUGGAUCGGCGUCUUUGCUGGCAUACUACACAGUCACCCCGAGGCAGGGUAUCGCCUCGAAAUGCGAGGUGGAAUUCACACAAGGUGUCUAUGGUCACAAGGAGUUGCCACUUUUCGGAGAACAUCUGAAGACAGAGAGUGGAGAGCAAGGAUAUACCUUCAGUGUCUUUACUGAGCCCCCGACAUGCGAGUCUCGUCAGCCUGUCGAUGUCCUUCAUAUGACCAACAGCUCUGCCUUCUUGAUGGAUUACAGCCAUCCCAAGGUGUCCGGUGACACCUACUACGCCACCAUUGAGGGAAUCUUUCAGCCUCCCGAGAGUGGUGUCUAUGAAUUCGGACUCACUGUCGCGGGCACUGGACUACUUUAUAUCGACGGCGAGCUUGUCAUUGACAACAAGACUGAACAGCGGGCCGGAACAUCAUUUUUUGGAAUUGGAACCCUGGAAGAGAGAGGCUCCCGCUAUCUGGAGGCCGGCAAGCAACACCGACUGUUUAUCGAGUACAGCACCGCCCCAACCUCAAAUCUGAAACAUCACGGCGUUGUCUCAUUCGGACCCGGUGGUGUGCGACUCGGCGGGUGCAAGAAGCUCGAUGCAGACCUCGCGAUCAAGGAGGCAAUGAAACUGGCGGGAGAAGUGGAGCAAGUCGUGGUUUGUGUGGGAUUGAGCGGCGACUGGGAAAGCGAGGGCUUCGAUCGCCCUCACAUGGGCCUGCCACCGCGGACAGAUGACCUCGUCAAGGCCGUGCUGGAGGUCCAGCCCAAUGCAGUCAUUGUGGUGCAGAGCGGCACGCCAGUUACGAUGCCCUGGGCUCCUCAGGCCAAGGCGCUGCUCCAGGCCUGGUACGGAGGCAACGAGGGUGGAAAUGGAAUCGCCGAUGUGCUAUUCGGCGAUGUUAACCCGUCCGCGAAACUCCCUCUGACAUUCCCCGCGGAUGUUGCCCACAACCCAUCCUAUCUGAGCUACCGCUCUGAGCGAGGUAGAGUUCUUUACAGCGAGGACGUAUACGUCGGAUAUCGAUACUACGACAAAGUGGGCACCGCACCACUCUUCCGCUUCGGCCACGGACUCUCCUACACAACCUUCGGUCUAUCCAAUCUCACAAUCCGCGAGACAAAGGUGCCCAACGCAACAAAUAUCAAAAAUGAAUCCAUCGAGGUCUCCGUAUCCGUUGCCAACACUGGCGAUCGCAGUGGUGCAGAGGUCGUCCAGGUCUAUGUGGUGCCUCCUGCUACUGCGUCCGUGGGACGCCCUGUGCGGGAGCUCAAGGGGUAUCGGAAAAUAAUGCUGCAACCUGAUGAGACGAAGGAGGUUUCGGUUGUGAUUUCAACUGGUCUGGCGACUAGUGUGUGGGACGAGGCUCGAGAUGCAUGGUUUAGUGAAGCGGGGAUGUAUACUUUUGAAGUCGUUGGAACUGGAGAAGGGAAUAUGGUCUCGGCACCGUUUGAGGUGCGGACUUCGAGGCACUGGAAUGGGCUGUAG